AUGAUGGUCGCUUGUCUGCUCCUCUCCAGCAUCUGGACCGCUGUAUCAGGCUCCGUGCAGGUGAUGCACAGGAAGGUCCAGUCAGUCCGGGCAGGAGGAAACGUAACUUUCUCAUGCCGGUCGGUCACAAAAGAAGAUGUGCUACAGGUAACCUGGCAGAAAGAGACGGACGGGGCUGAAGACAACAUAGCGACUUACAGUACAAUGAACGGCCAAAAGAUAGUGAAGGGCUACAUCGGCCACGUGAGCUUUGCCCACAGUGAGUUACAGGCCUCGGCCAUCUCCCUUCAUGGAGUCACCCUCCAAGACGAAGGGUGCUACAAGUGCAUCUUCAACACCUUCCCCUCAGGGGCCGUCACUGGCAAGAUGUGUCUCAAGGUUUACGCCAUCUGGGACCCCAAAGCGGAGGCUAAGCUUAUAUCCAGUCCAGACAAAGCUGAGGACUCUGAGAAAGUGGUGAGGAUGAGCUGCUCAGCAACAGGAAAACCAGCUCCAAAAAUCACCUGGCACCUUCCCAACAUCCUGCAGCAGAAACCAAGGGAGUACCACAUCAGGCUGAGCAACCAGACUGUGACUGUCAUCAGCAAUUUCACCCACGCCCGCUCCAAAAUCCUCCAGGAGUAUCCCAUCGCCUGCGUGAUCCAACACCCCUCUCUAAACGUGACCCUGGUCCUGCCCAAGGACACCGUGGUGCAGGGUCUGGAGAGCAGCGUGGCACCGGCCGUUGCCAUUGCAGUGGGGGUGCUGGUCCCCCUGACUUCCAUCCUCCUC